GUUUGAAUGAUAACGACGUGGAACGGAUGUGCUUCCGCUUAAAACAAAACAAAAAAAGAAGUGACAACAAAAAGACCAUUCCAAUUGAAAAAACAACACAAACCAAAGAUAAUUAGAAAUUUUGAAUGAAAAAUAAUAACUACAUCAAAGGAAAAUUAAGAGAGUGAUUAGAAGAAAAUAAAUAAAUAAAAAGAAAUUGAUUUUUGUGUGCUUAAACAAAAAAUAAAACAAUUUUAAGAAAAAAUUGCUUGCAAAAAAUAUGUCUAGUGCUCAGGUGUCCCAACCACCCACGUUGCAACAAUUGCAACAACAUCAGCAGCAGCAACAACAGCACCAUCAACAAUCCCAGCAACAUCAACAAAAUUUAUCACAGUUUCUUAAUCACAUAGCCGCCGCUCAGCAUCAUCACCAUCAGCAGCAGCAGCAACAUUCCGAGCAUACAUCAGCUUCCUCACCUAACAGUGAUUAUCAACACGAUUCCAAUACACGUUCCACACUUUCGCCCAGAUCACCAAGAUCCCCUCAACUGUUGCCUCAUAGUCCCCAGCGAUCUUUAGUUGGUUCACCGCCAGCCCAUUCCAAUUCGAAUUCACCCAGACACCACAACGGCGCUCAAGAAGAUUCGCUUCACAACGCCGCCAAUCAUCACCACCACAGCCAAGCUGUAACGCAAAGCGGUCCCUUGCCAUUGCUGGUGCAACCUUUGCCCUUGGCUACGGGUAACAGCAACAUGCAUUCUUUGCCUCCGUUACCCCCCUCCGCGGCUAAUUUGAGAGAUCAGCGUAUAUUUCCCGCCUCGCUAAAUGCCCAACAGCGGCUAUAUGAAAGCAUACCGCCUCCACCCAUGGGUCAUACCUCUGCCGCUGCUUCCGCUUUGGUUAAUGGUGUCUAUCCCAUGCCCCGUUUACCCUUAGGUACUGUUAUGAUCAAUAACUCCUCUUCCGCCCAUUCAGCUGGCAAUGGCCUCACACACUUACCUGCCGGUGCCCCCUCACCGACGGCCUCAAUUUCCCCCCCCGUUACCCAAACUCAACCGAAAAAGUCAUUUUGCAUUGAUGCCUUAUUGGCGAAAAAUCAAGGUGCCCAUGAGACGCAAUCCCCGGAAGGCCUAAGCAUUAAACCCUCACCCUUAGAUGAUCGUCUAACAGCUGUGGGUCUGCAAUAUGCCCGCGAAAUGUCCGCUGCAGCGGUGGCCGCUGGCGGUAUGACGGAACAGGAGGCCUUGCAACGAAUCCAUGAAUCACGUGAAUAUGAUUCACCGUCACCCGACGGCAUGUCAAGAUCUGAAUCUCCUUCCUCUUCACAUCGCUCUAGCCCGCCAAUUAGUCCUGGCUGUGAGGAUCAACAGCAUUUGGGCAUGCAUGGUAUGGAGUUGGGUGAUGAAUUUAAAAAACCUGUGCCACCUCAUAGUCCCAUAAGACCUCAAGAUUUUCCCCUUUAUGCCGGCGGUCAUCCCUAUCAUCUGCUUGCGCAUGGUGGUUCAGCAUUCCACAGGCCACUGGAUCCCUCAGGAAAGCCAAUACCGAUUCCCAUGGGUCAGCAUUUUAUGCCAUCUCAUUUACAAUUUGAAUUUUUGGCUCGUGCCGGUAUGCUGCAUCAUCGCAUACCCGAAUUGGCUGCCUAUCCGCAUCAUGCCAUUUUGGGCAAAACACGACGUCCACGAACUGCCUUCACAUCACAGCAGCUGCUCGAGCUGGAGAAACAAUUCAAACAGAACAAAUAUCUAUCCCGCCCCAAGAGAUUUGAGGUUGCCAGUGGCCUGAUGCUGUCAGAGACGCAGGUUAAAAUUUGGUUCCAAAAUCGUCGCAUGAAAUGGAAACGUUCCAAAAAGGCCCAACAGGAGGCCAAAGAGCGUAUUAAGCAACAGCAGCAGCAGCAGCAGCAACAACAAUCGCAGCAAUCACAACAACAACAACAGUCGCAGAAUGCAACACCCAACACUGUCAGUUAGUUUUUGGCCAAGGAGGCCAUGGGUUUUUACUAGUAUCACCCGCACUAUACGAAUCUAAUGAGACAUGGGUUGUCAUCAGCGUCCAGCUUACAAAGGCCCAGAACGGCAGUGCCUCUAGAUGGCGGAGGAGGAGUAUGAUGACUGCCGAUAUGCCUACUGUGUGCAGUGGGAUGUGUUACCGAAUGAGACUUAUUACAGAUGCUAGUCAGAGAGUUGGUAUAGCUAACAACACCACAAAUACAGCCUGGGAGAUUGGCAGUACCAUAGUCCAUAGCACAUUAUCCAUCCUACAUUUGUUGGCAGCGGUGUAAACCUAUCCUCCCAGGCUGACAUAUGCAAUUCAUUUCCAAAGGAUUUUUGUGUCAGCCUAACUUUGGGGUGCCAAAUUAGUGAGGGAGACCAUUAUUGGUUCAACACCUGACUGAAUGCAGUAGUCACUUGGAGCCUAUUGAUUGUGCUAAGCCCCGUGUGCAGUUUAUUCAGCUAAUGAGGUUUACCUGAAUCAACAUCAGUUGAGAGGUGACACGCAAGGUGAUGGUGUUGCCAUAUUGUUUGCCAAGUUUUUGCUCAAUUAGUGCAAAUUUGUCCAAUUCCAUUGGACUGCAUGCCACGUCGCCUAUCCUCAUGCCAAUUGCUUUGCCCCAUCCUACUACCCACCCACCCCAUAGAUGUACCCACACAGUAUUUAUUUUUAGUUUUAGUUUAAAUCUAAGUUGCCGUUACCUGUUUUGCUAAUUUUUUUUUUUCGUUUUGCUAUCAAUCUAAAUGCAACACUCGCAAUUCAGCGACAAUUUGUAAUUACCAACAGACAACAGAAAUCGCUCGAAAUGCAAACAGCAUCGAAUAGAAAAAAUAUGAUUGACGAUUAUGCAGUCUGACACAAAACGCAAUCCUUACUCUCUACGUUGUCUCGUGUGCAUUGUAAAUAUUUAUUGUAAAAAUAAAUUUAAUUAAUAUUUGUGUAUUAUGUGGCGUAUGUACGUACGUGCGUCCGUGAAAAUGUACUCGUACAUGUAAGUUCUAGGUACAAUUUA